AUGAAUCAGCAGCCUUCCGUGUGCGGUGGGGACGAGGACUGCAAGGCCGACGAGUUCUGCUCCGUCUCAGGCCGCGGAGGCCUCCACGGAAGCCAAGUCCGCCUCGCCUGUCGGAGACGCCGCAAGCGCUGCCUCCGCGACGCCAUGUGCUGCCCGGGCAAUCGGUGCAAUAACGGAAUGUGUAUGCCAUCAGAACAUGGUCACUUCCACCCUGGGGAUAUCGAGGAGACCGUGCUAGAGAACUUUGACCAUGGCACUUUAGACUGCGUCCCCCAAAGGACCACGUCGUCAUCACAGCUACACUAUCUGAAAGGCCGAGAAGGUGCCGUCUGCCUUCGCUCCACGGAUUGGGCUUCGGGGCCGUGCUGUGCUCACUUCUGGUCCGAGAUUUGCAAACCCGUCCUUCAGGAAGUCCGAGUGUGCACCAAACACCGAAAGAAAGGGUCUCAUGGUUUGGAGAUCUUCCAGCAACGUUACUGUGCGGAUGGGCUGACGUGUCGGCUACAGAAAGACCACAGCAACACUUCCAGACUGCACACCUGCCAAAGACACUAG